AAUAUUCUCAUAAAUUUUUCUCAGAAACACAUAUUUAUUUAUUUAUUUAUAUUUUUGGUAAAAUAAAAAAGAGAUCUUAUGGUAGUGUCCUCAGGUCAAUGGCCAUGUGCUGGUUGACUUCUAACACAGUGAAUUUCCAUGCUCAUCUUGCAGCCACAAUUUCCAAUAUCCCAAAAAUGAAUCAAAACUUGUUCAUCCUCACUUUCCUCCUAUUCUUAGCAAACCAGCACUUCGUAGCAGCUGUAGAUCAAUACUACAUAGAUUGCAGCGUGGCCGCCAGUACUUGCUCUGAUAACCAAACGAUAAGGUUCCCGUUUUACCUUCGAAACCAACAAAAACCCUACUGUGGGUACCCUGGUUUCGAGGUCUCUUGCGAUGAAUUUGGCCACUCAAUUCUCAAUCUCUCCAUUAACGACCCCUACAUCGUCCGCCAAAUCUCCUAUGAGAACCGUUCUCUUAUCGUCUCAAACGCCGCAAUUUCACACGAUCCAACACCCAAUUGCAUUCCUGCUCUCCAAAAUAUAUCCUUUCCCAAUGAAAGAUUCGAGCUGCCAAAACAAAACCAAGUCUUUUUGCUCGGCAAUUGCCACCCACCUAGAGUUCCAGAGUAAGAGAUCGGUUGCUCUUCGGAAAACGCUAAAAAUUGGGUAUUGGGUGUACCUGAGAAUGAGAAACAACAAUUGGGCAACCUGUCCAGGAAGUGCGGAGAUGGGAAAGUUGUGGUGGUGCCGGUGAAAGAUUACGAUAGCGGCGAUGAUGAGAGUGUUGGAAUGAGACAAGUUUUGAGCAGAGGAUUCGACCUCACAUGGAAAACCGACGACUGUAGCAGUUGCCAGAGGAGUGGAGGGGUAUGUGGAUUUAAUCCUUCCUCUUACCUUUUUCGAUGCUACUGCAAGGAUAGGCCUCAACGUGUCAGUUGCUCAGAUAAGUCUUUCCCGCUCCAUCUAAAACGUUUAAAAUUAAACAAUAUUUAGCUUUUUCUUGCUACACAAAGCGUCCCAUUUUUAAGUGUCUGUGAUGGCCCAAGUUAUAUGAGCCAAAGUUUUCACUUGGGCCUUGGCAAGGCCCAAAUGCCAACUCGUUCUCCAAUACCUUUCCAUACAACCAAAUAAAUAAAUAAAUAAAUGCUCAUUCUCCUUUAUGAUCAACCCUCAUCAUCUCGACUUUUGUUCUCCAACUUUCAGCCUGGUUCCAAAGUAAUAUAAAAUGAAUAAGGUUUUAUAUAUAUUUUAUGCUUGGAGAUUCGAAUCAAAUUUGUUAUAUUAUAUUUUAAAACUAAAAUGAAGACUGAAGCUUUUUAUUUAAUUAUUUAUUAUUACUUUUUAAGGGUUAACCCUUUAAAAUAUCAAAUCUUGCAUCUCUACUGGUCUUGUGUACUCUUCUGAUAUUGUUCUGAUGAAAUGGUUAGCUAGAAAUUGCAGGAAAAGGAAACAAUAAGAUUCUUAUGGCAAUAUUAAUAGUUAAAUAUUAUUAUACACAUAUAGUUAAUUUUGUAAUUUGCCCGUAACUGUCCUGAAUAAACUAUAUGCAUUUCUCUUCUGUUUGUUUAAUACUGUUUUAACUGCUACAAUUGAAAGGUUCGUUGGUGUGCGUUAGCUUAAAUUUUUGUCUUUUUGCCUCAUAAGUUUGUGCUCUUUUAAUGCAUCCACAACAGUUGCAGGAAUUGGGGCUCCAACUGUGACAGUGAUAUGCUGGUUAAGGAAAUUCAAAUAUAAUAAACCAAUAUGUUUUUGGAAGAAGCAGAAUCAAACGGAUCAAAAUAUCGAGACCUUUCUAAGGGACUAUGGACCUGUAAGAGUCAGAAGAUAUAGUUAUUCGGAUGUUAAGGAAAUGACCAACUCCUUCAAAGAAAAAUUAGGCCAAGGGGGCUAUGGUGAUGUAUACAAAGGAAAAUUACGUGAUGACAGUCUUGUUGUAGUAAAGGUGUUGAAUGAUUCAAAAGGUAAUGGAGAAGAAUUUAUCAACGAGGUGGCAAGCAUUAGCAGAACUUCCCAUGUCAACAUUGUUUCUCUGUUAGGUUUCUGUUUUGAAGGUCGAAAAAGAGCUCUCAUCUAUCAGUUCAUGCCUAAUGGAUCUCUUGAAAAAUUUAUAUUCAACAAUAAUCAUUCUUUGGGAUGGGAUACAGUGUUUCAAAUUUCGCUUGGCAUUGCUCGAGGGCUUGAAUAUUUGCAUCGUGGUUGUAAAACCCGAAUUCUGCAUUUUGACAUAAAGCCACAUAAUAUUCUUCUUGAUGAACACUCCUCACCAAAAAUCUCUGAUUUUGGUCUUGCUGGAGUAUGUAACAGAAAGGAGAGUACCAUAUCAAUGCUAGAUGCAAGAGGGACUAUUGGAUACAUUGCUCCAGAAGUAUUUUGUAGAGAAUUUGGAGGGGUUUCACACAAGUCUGAUGUGUAUAGCUAUGGAAUGCUGGUUUUGUAAAUGGUUGGAGGGAGAAAGAAUGUGAAUGUUGGUGUUGAUGAUACUAGUGAAAUAUAUUUUCCACACUGGAUUUACAAGCGUCUUAAAUUAGAUGAAGAACUUUGAUUGAAGAGAAUUAUGAACGAAGUCGAAAAAAAUGAAGUGAAGAAGAUGAUAAUAGUAGGUUUAUGGUGCAAGCAAACUGAUCCUUCAAGUAGACCAGCAAUGAGUAGAGUCAGAGAAAUGUUGGAAGGAAGUUUUGAUUCCUUGCAAAUGCCACACAAGCCAAUCUUCUCUUCUUCAAAUUCAAAUUUUCCACCUGAUUCUUCGAGUAUGAUUGUAUGAAUGCAAACUUAUUAGCCUGUUUUCUGCUA